CACACUGAUUUUUUGUUGCUUGUUGAUAUUUUGGAAUUUUGAUUAUAUUUUUAAUUUUAUUUUAAUAAUCACAAUGGCCAGACGAAACAAGCGCACCUCCUACGAGCAGUACCAGAUUUACCUGGACAUGAUUGAGUCCAAUCCAGUUUUGAUCAGCGGCAGAACGACGCGCUACGACGACAUAAUCAAAUGGAAAGAAUUGAGCGAUCAGCUAAACAAAUCCAGAACCGGGCCGAGUCUGGAACCCGAGGAAUGGCGAAAGCGCCUUAACGAUUGGAAGAACACGACACGGUGUAAAUAUAGGCGCAUCAUGAUGUCCCCGGGAGCUAAGUUAUCCCUCUCGCCGCUGGAGACCAGAGCCCUGAGCAUUUUCGGUGAGAUAGCGGACGUGGUGGUCCUCGACGACAGUUCCGAAUACUUGGAUGACCUCGAUCAAGAGGAACUGGUCGAGAACUAUGUGGACUCUGGCGAAGAUGCCAGCCCGCCCCCAAAAUCCAUACGAAUAAGCCACAGUUGCCCGCGCAAAGUUAAGCAGGCGCCGCCAGUGAAGUAUAACGAACGUCCAGCCACCAAGAUCAUCAAUGGACAACUUUCCGUGAAGCGGGUGCGUGUCCAAGUGCCCGAGCAGCUCUAUGAGGUCAAGAGUUCGCUGCAGCAAGAGACAAGCUCGUACGCCCAGGAGAUUGAGAAUCAGUUGCAACGAAUCGCGGACAUUCACAACGCCGGCCUGCAGUUCAAGAUUGCAAGUUUCAAGUACAGUAAUCCCGGAUUUGAGUACGGUCAGCCAGAGUUAUAGGGCCAUGGAGCAAACUAAUGACAAUCAAAUGCAUAUCGGUAUUGUUUGUAACAUGUUAGAGCAUUAUAUAGUGGCCUGUUAAGUUAAGUUUAAAGAGAUAUAUCUUCAUUAAAAAAUAAAUAAAC